UGUAGAUGAGUGUUUGGAGUGAAGAUGUGUGAUUUGCUUGACAACAACUCUUUCCAAAGACUUAUGUUCAACAUAUUGAUGAUAAAAAUGUUAAUCUGCAACAGAAGGAGAAGAGAGGAAUCCCUCUUAAAAAUGAGAAAUAUGAGGUUCAUUUUGAAAUGAAGCUGCCUUUUUGUUACAACUGCAUGACAAAUGAAAAAAUUAAGUCGAUUAGAAAUAAGUUCGAAGUCCCGAAGAUUUCAGAAGAUAUCUUUCAUAAAACUGAAGAUUCACAUGAUAAAUCAGCCAAGUUGUUAUUACCCCCUUCAAAAGUUUCAAAGAGUAAACCAAGAAACACUUCUGCUCAUUUGAAUAAAUCUGAUUGAUGAAUUUCUCAGGGAGCCAGAAUAGGAGGAAUAAGGUUAGGAUGACAGAUUGAAUGGAUUGGUGAAAAGUCUGCUAUCUUUGCUAGGAAAUAUAGACAGAGAGGUAGAUAACUCUAAAAAGAAGUGUUAAGAGCCUUUUUAGAAGCUUAUUAUACAGUUAUUAUCAAAUUUAGUAACAAAGGUUCUUGAAUUUUGUGUAGGGAUAUUUCCAACUAUAGACUUUGACCUGCGCUCAUCAAGUACCUCUGGUUCAGACUCAGAGUUAGUCUUGCUCUCAUUAUCUUCUUCAGAGUUGUAGGUCUCAUCUUCUUCUUUGUAUUCAUACGAGCCGGCUAUUUCUUUGUCUAGGCACCUUCAUUUCUCUGAAGGAAGCUUUAUCAAGCCAUAUUUUCUGUCUUUCAAUGUUGUUGUGUACAUUUUCAAGUUAUCGUUGACUUUAUAAAUUCUGAAAGUAUGCCUUCUGUCAAUAUUUACAAAUCUGAGCUGGAGAACUGACAGAAAACUAUAUCGAUCUUUGAUGUCAUAUCGCUGAUCAAAUUCUGAUGGGCAAUGUAAAACAACCUGAUUCUUUUGAGAAUCAUCAUCAAUCGAAGGUGAUCUCAAAAUAGCUCAAUCAAAGAGAAUUAUGUGAGUCUUUCUUGACUACUUGUCUUUAUUUGAAUACAUAAAGAUGGGUUGUUGUCAGGAUUAAUAUUCUCUCCUGAGGGAUUUAAUGCCUAUUAAUUUUCAUAACUUUCUCAGAGAACACCACUAUCUCAUCUUUAGCUAAUUGCUUAGUAUAUUUGUAAUCUAACUCAAUUCUCAAU